GCGGCGGCGGCUCUAGUCGCACGCGUGCGAGAGAGACGAUCACGGUGCUCGGCGCGGUACUUCUUUUAUUAAUUAAAGAGAUAACACGACUACGCGGCAUAAGUACACAUAUGCGAAACGAGUGACCAGCGUACCCAACACUGGUUGUUUCCUUCUGGGUGGUGAGUCCGUGCAGGAUUAUUUUUUUUUUUUUUUUUUUUACAAAAGGAGUCCAAGCGAAAACUCGCGCGUUGCGCGUGCACACGUCCGAGGGAGGAGUCUCGAUUGACGACGAGGCACUGUCUUCUGCUCCUGAAAGGAGGAAAGGACGGCGAGCUCCGAAUCGACUCGAUCUUUGAAGAACACGUUCCCUAGGGACACACGCGCUUCGUGACAAUCACUCUCCCUCUUGCCUUAUCGAGAAGAGGGUAAGAAGGAUUUCGAGUUAGACACCGAUAAUAGUCACGCACGGAGCACCUGCACGAAAAAUCGAUUUGAGUAAAUUCUUCGAAGGUGAUCGACACUAGUGGGUUUCUUGUGGAAUCCGUGAAUUAAUAAGAAAGUCACCAGCCGUUACGCUCGAAGAAGUGGUGAUUUUCUUGACAAAGGAGCCAGCUCCCAAAUAGUAUACCGAUGAAGAUCGAGGAGGCAUCGAUUUCCGUUAGCAAUUUGGAAGAGUGUGCUCUGUCGGGGUUGUUUCGUGAAGGAUCGACGCCCCCCCGUAGCAUGUCGGCGAUUCGUAUCAACGUGGAGGAGGCUCCUAACAACGACAUCCGCGAGGAUCUCGUUGAAGACAUCGAGACGACGGCGGUGGUGACGACAACGGCGGUAGCCGCCAACCCGCUUUCCUGGCAUAUCCCAAGGCCGUCCUUGGUCGGACGUAGCGAGAGAGACAGCGAAAAUGGAAGCUGGGCUCAUCACUUGCAUCCGAACUCCCCCUCGAGAGGGUCGACGUCGUCUCAAGGAUCCACCGCCAGUACACACAGCGCGGCCUCGGGAACGUUGUUGCUCACCGCAGCGAAUUUGGCAAAUCUCGCGGCCAUACACCCGCCCACGGUGACGACACCAAAACAGAUGGACACCGCUUCGGUGGCAAGCAGCACCCACUUCACGGUCGUCAACGGUCUCGGCAGACCGGUCAAAGUCUAUAGGAAGUCUUGGUGCGCGCGGAAUCAGCUCACUGUGCUCGUAUGCACCAUGAGCUUUCUAUUCAUGGUUGGUCUGCUGGCCGGGAUCCUUUACAUGGAAAUGAGGGCUCGCGACAAGUACAACUAGGCCGAGGGUGACGGGAGGCUGAAGAGGCGGCAACGGCGACGGCGACGGCGGUGGCAGUGGCGGCGAUGACAAGUGACCGUGAAUGACGAUCAUCGUGACAGAAACGGAUAGCGAAGAAGAAACGAGAGAAGAUCUCGACGGAAUCGGGAAAAUCGUUUCCACAGAAACAAGAGAAAGAGAAAAGAGGAGAGGACGCGCAUGAUAGAUUCAGUCACGAUACAUUAACGAUCCGAGUUACACUCGUAUUUAUAUGUAUAUGUACAUUUGCGUUAUUAGAGCUGUUCAAACCGCGCCAGUUAGGCAGACGUUUCCGGCGACGCGGUUAGCAUUAUUUUAAGUAUAUUAUAAAUAUAUACAUAUAUAUAUUGCUCUGUAUUGCACCGCGACAGAAGUGUGGUACGUAAAAAUCAGUAAUUACAUUUGUGUAAUGAGUGCGACGUACUGUGUUAAGGGAUUAACGAGAUCCUCGCGUUGGGAGAAAAAUAGCCUUGCGUAUAUUUAUGCUGGAACUAACUGGAAUUCAUCGAAUCGUACUGCGAGGCACGAUUCGACGGAAUAUUGUAAUGUUUUAUGUUAAUUAACCCCUCCCCUUACUACGUAGCGCUUGUCAUGUAGAAGAGUGCGCACAGCAACUUUCUCUAAAAGAAAAAAAAACAUUUCUUCACCGUUCUAGACGUGGUUAUGACCACCGUCCUUCUGCACACUGUAUAUUGUUCUCGCAUGAGAAGAAGAUAUAUGUGGUAAGGGGUUUACGGACGACAGUGAUACAUGAUGCGGAGUUCGCGAUUGCUCCAAAUGAAAUGUGUUUUUACCGUAACGACGUUUCUCGUUCUUGGUUCUCGACCGAUUUACCGUUCACUGUAAAUUACGUUUCGAGAGCUAACGCGAAAGAGAAACAAUUUAAAGUAAUCUCUGGAGUAUUUCUUGUCGUCCAAACGAAAUUUCGAAUCUCAUUUUAACGAAACACCGACGAACAUUCUGAAGCAAUCGACGAGAAGAGAAACCGAAAUAGUAAAAUGCCUAUUUAGGAUCCGUAAUUUAACUCUUACUAACAAGUUGUCUUAAUCAAACCUGGAUUUCUGUCUUGAGAUAUUACUCCAGGAUUAAACAUAAAUGGAAAAGUAAUGAGGGGCGGUCGCGUCGAUCGCUUUUCGCGUCUGUGAUAUUAUUUGCGUAUUAAUUAAUCGUCGAUUCAACAAGAAACUGUCAAAUAUAUCACAAAGUUGUUUUAUUUCACCCUACCUUUUGGUACCACAUCGAUAUGAUAUUGAUAUCACAGAAAAAUAAUAUCGCUAAAUGAUAUUUUAACCCAACUUUAUCAUUUGUUUUGAUACCAAUAUUGUCAUCAAAAUAUGUAAAUCUAAAUUGUUUUUAGAUACAAAAAGUAGCAAAACA